AUGUACGUCCGUAAAUCGGUAUAUCCAGGAUGGCAGGUGCGAAGAUUCCUGCCCGUGUGCGCCAUCUGCAUACUUUUGAUCAUCCUCCUCUCCACUGCUGGGUCGUUCGGGGAGUUCAGCGCUGAGAUCUCAUAUAAAUCGACAGCAAAUUCCGGUCGUUUUCCCAGGAAGAUCUGGCAAACUUGGAAAGUUGACCCUCUUGGUUUCGAGGAAAGGGACCUGUCUGUUGCCAGAACCUGGACAUCCAAAAACCCAGAAUACAGAUACGAGGUCCUAACGGACCAAAAUGACGUUUCCUAUGUUGAAAUCCAUUUUGGGCCCUCUGGAUUCAACAGAUUGGAUAUCAUCUACAUGUACAAGUCACUGAGACUAAAGAUCAUCAAGGCAGACCUUCUACGGUAUCUUGUGAUGUACGUCGAAGGGGGAGUAUACACAGACAUCGAUGUCGAGGCGUUGAAACCCAUUCACAGAUUCAUUCCUCAACGGUACUCUGAGAAGGACAUUGAUAUGGUGAUUGGAGUUGAAAUCGAUCAACCUGAUUUCAAUAACCACACGAUUCUUGGAAAGAAGUCGCAAUCGUUCUGCCAGUGGACAUUCAUGUGCAAGCCCCGGUUACCUGUCAUGAUGGUCUUGAUCAACAACAUACUCAAAUGGCUCAACCAAGUUGCGAUGGACCAAAAGGUACCCAUAUCGGACAUCCAGCUUGGAUUUGAUGAAGUGAUCAGUGGUACAGGGCCUUCAGCAUUCACGAAAGCCUUGCUAUCACAUAUGUCUGCCAGAGAGGAGAGCACGGUGCAGUGGGAUUGUUUCCACAAUCUAGCAGAGUCGAAGCUUGUCGGAGGUGUACUGGUGCUCACAGUGGAGGCUUUUGCCGCAGGGCAAGGGCACUCUGACUCGGGAAAUCAUAACGCAAAGACGGCCUUGGUGAAGCAUCAUUACCACGCAUCUGGUUGGCCAACAGCCCACCCUCGGUACAAUCAUCCCAUUUAUGGAGAAGUGGAGAAAUGCAAUUGGGAUGCCGAAUGCGUCAAGACAUGGGAUGCUAACAAGGCCACCUUCGAGGCCCUUCCCCAGGAGGAGCAAUUGAGACAGAUCGCCAUGAAAGAAAAUGGUGAUCAAACUAGCUUUCCUGCCCCAGGUAGUUGA